CAUGCACACCCCCCUCUCCUUCCUCCACCUCCUAAUCUAGUUGGAUUUAGCUCACUGGGCUUGGGCUACGACUUGCGAGAGUUUAGAGGCCACUCACAGAGUGGCCCUGGGGAUAUCCACAUCCAACAGCCGUUCCAGUGCGUGGGACUUCAGGGCAGGCAUGCAGCUGGGAGCCUAGGAAAGCACUUCCACCCCACUCCUCAGCCCGUGGCAGGGUGGUUUCCCAGCACCCUCAAGACAUUCAUGGAUGGAUAAGAGGAGCCACCCUGGACCUCCUACUCUGGCCAUGGAGGAAGUCUCGUUGCCCCUGGCUCUGACCUCUGACUCCAGGGCCUUCAAUCAACAACUCCCAGAGCCUCCGGAUCCCAGAUGUGUUCUGGAGCCCUACAACAAUCCUGAACUGGCACCUGCACUCAUGUGUGCCCUUUGCUGCUGUUUUGGAAUCAUCUACUGCUGCUUUGGCUACCGCUGCUUCAAGGCAGUAAUGUUUCUCUCGGGCCUGCUAUCGGGAUCUCUGGUAAUCUUCCUGCUGUGCCACAAGGAGCAGGUGCUGCAGACACAAUUGAGCCUGGAGGUGAGCGCGGGCAUCGCACUAGGCAUCGGACUCCUCUGUGGCCUGGUCACCAUGCUGGUUCGCAGCGUCGGGCUCUUCCUGACUGGUAUCCUGCUGGGUGUGACCUUGGGUGCGGGGACUGUACUGGGCACUGAACCCAUCUACCAGCCACCUUCAGCCUGGGUGCCAGCCGGGGGGCUGAUAGGGCUGGCACUCCUGGGAGCCCUGCUCACGCUUCAGUGGCCGCGUCCAUUCACAGUUCUGGGCACAGCCCUGCUGGGUGCUGCGUUGCUGGUAGCCUGUGCUGACUAUCUACUGGAAGGAUUAGCACUGGGCACUCGGCUGGGCCAACGCCUGCAGGCACUUCCGUCCUUGCCUCCUCUCUGCUGGUAUAGCUGGGUCUUACUGGGGACCUGGCCAGCCUUGGGGACCCUUGGGGCCCUGGCCCAGUGGAAGCUCAUGGCCAAAGAACAUGGAGGCCACGCCAACGUGGUGGGGAGCCACCAGCAAAGGCGGCUCCAGCUCCUUCGGAUCCACCAGCAAGAGGCCAAGUGGCAUCGCACCCCCUCUGUUGUGGGGCCCUGUGAGGGCAGCUGUCGGCGCCAACUCUCCCCUAAUGCCCGGAGCCCUGCGGACAGUCUGGCUCCGAGUUAUCUGCAGAGUCUUCGAGACCGCCAGGUGGGACCAGGCACCCAGGCCACGGCCCCUCACCCCACCCUGGACCUGGAUUCUGACUGUGGAUCCACUGUGCCUCUCACAACACCCUGUGACUCCACCCAGCCCUGACCUUCAGCCUCUACUCCUGUCCCUACCCCUAGAAAGGGCCCGGGAACCCUAGGUGGGCAGCACCUGAGCACACAGAUCCCACACACAAACUUCCCCAGCUCUUGGAAGAGGGACUGGCAUCGAUGCUCUAACCCACCAGCUCUGAAAGGAUAUAUUUCUGGGAUGCGUAGGAAUAUUGCAAGGAGGAAAGGAAUGCUAAGCAAUGGAAAUAUGACCAGUAACAGAGAGGCCCUCGUGCCCCUAAAUUCUCUCCAAACCAAGGAGGACCUUUGCCUCUUUAAAUACCUAUUUCACCGUGCCUUGCAGUGGUAAAACAAGAGGUUUGGUUUCGUAUAGGAAUUACAGAAAAUCUGGGGACUUCCUCAGCCAUUUGAAAGCUUUUUGGUGGGAAGAAGGACACAGUGGAGUUCCAGGACCCCCUAACCUCUAGGCCUCCCAUGAGGAGGCUGUUGGCUUUCUUGUUAGCCUUUCACCCUGCACCCCCAUAGGUUUGAGCCCCUCCUCCUACCUCAGUUGGGAGCACUACCCUCUGUGGUGCCUCCCUUUCUCUCCUUCCCAACUAGGGAAGAGCACAGAGCCAGGCCUGCCUCAGCAUCCACCUGCUCCUUCCUGUCCCAAGGAGAGAACAUGAGCUCACAUGCCAGACUGGCCCUUGUUCCCCAGGGAAACCUGGUCUUCAGGGUCUGCAUGGCAGACAAGUGCCUUCUCCACCUCACAGUGGAUGAUACUAAUACUUAACCAGAACUUGGUUACAGUCACUGGCCCAUCCUAACUGCCUCUCUCGCCUAAGGUCCAUUUCCCAAAUCCCUAGACAGCAUGAAGGAAGACUAUAAGGGCAGCAAGGCUGUAAGGGGAGGGAGGAAGACCUUGAGAGCAUUGAAUAAAAUGGCAUUAAAUACUGAACUGGGGAGUCUGGCCCCUGCUGUCACUGCUCUCUUCUCUCUGUGUACCC